AUGUCUGCUGCUUGCUGUUCAAUCCCACCCGUAAUCGAUCAAACAAACUACCAACCAAAAGGCCAAUACGAGAAGGUUGGCUACUUCAACAAGGCCUACGUUACCGGUCCAGCAGACUCAAAGACUGUGCUAGUUGGAAUAUACGAUAUCUUUGGCUACUUUAAUCAGACGCUGCAAGGUGCAGAUAUAUUAGCAGACAAGGGAUAUCGAGUUGUUCUUCCUGACUUCUUCCGCGGUAAACCUUUCCCUUUAGAGAAGUUUCCUCCGGGAAAUGAAGCCGAUCAGUCUGAGCUCGGCAAAUUCUUUUCCACUGUGGCUGCACCACCAGCACGUAUCCCUGAGUUGAUCAACAUUAGCGGUGAGUUGCGUGCUAAACAUGACAAGGUUGGUCUUGUUGGCUUCUGCUGGGGUGCAGCCAUCGCACUCAACGCAGCUACACAAGAUGCUAAGCUGUUUGACGCUGUUGCUGUUCUCCACCCAGCCAUGCUGGAUGCUGGCGUGGUGGAGAAGGUGAAAACACCAAUUGGAUUCUUCCCAUCAAAAGACGAGGAUGGAAGUGAAGUGAAGAAGGUUAUUGAUAUCCUCUCGUCAAACGAAUUUAAGGAGAAAAAUGCGUACCAUCACUUUAACACUGAGAAGGCAAUUCACGGCUUUGCUGCUGCUAGAUGUAACCUCCAGGAUGAGGAGGCUAAGAAGGUGUACGUCGAAGCUUACGAGCGCCUUACGACGUUCUUCAAGAACGCCAUCUAA